AAGGGUUCUGUACUUCCGGUACGUCAGUAAGCCGCCGUGCACUGAUUCAGGUUGUCGAGAGGCAAUUUAUUUUUAAAGGUGUUUAGUAACACAAGUGUUACUGUCGCGUGGACACAGGACAAGAGGAGGAGCCGGGCUCUGCGCAGCGGUGGGAAGAUCCACUGGCUUUAACAAUCACUCAAGGACGAAAUAAAAACAGGCUGCCCUGCCCAUUACAACGCUUAGUCCAAAAACUAACUUGCGCCUCGCUGGAUAUUGUGUUGUUUAUCGCAAUAUUGACAUCUCAUUACCUCAAUCAAUAAGCACUUCCGCACUCGGGAGUUAAACCGCAUUCGGGAAGCAGCAGAAUAUCGGCCUUGAUCAUCAUGUUGUUGCGUAAAGUUAGUCAGAGUUCUGCGAUUUGCGGCACUGUCCUCCGUCUACAGCCAGCUAUAACAGGAUCGCCGCGCCAAACUGGAGCCUUGGCGUCGCAACAUGCGCGUCUGUACGCGAGUCAAGCAGCAGAGGCUGUGUUGGACAAGACUGAAGUCGGCAGUGACGCAAAGACCACCGAGAAGGUGACAACAAAGGCCCUCAAUGUGGAGUCACAGUCAUUUGCUGCGAACAUGUUCAAAGGGCAAAUCAGUACUUCCCAGGUGUUCCCCUUUCCUUCGGUGCUAAAUGAAGAGCAGGCUCAGUUCCUCAAAGAAUUGGUUGGACCAUGCAGUAGGUUUUUUGAGGAAGUGAAUGACCCUAUGAAGAAUGAUGCUUUGGAGAAAGUGGAGGACCACACCAUGGAAGGCUUGAAGGAGAUGGGAGCUUUUGGUCUGCAAGUUCCUGCAGAUUUGGGUGGUGUGGGACUCACCAACACACAGUAUGCCAGGCUGGUAGAGAUUGUGGGAAUGCAUGACCUGGGUGUGGGUAUCACUUUGGGCGCCCAUCAGUCCAUUGGUUUCAAGGGCAUCCUGCUGUUUGGUAACCCCCAGCAGAAAGAGAAGUACCUUCCAAAACUGGCCAGUGGAGAAAAUAUUGCUGCCUUCUGUCUUACUGAACCAGCGAGUGGAUCUGAUGCAGCAUCUAUUAAAACCACUGCAGUUCGCUCUCCCUGCGGCCAAUACUUCACCCUCAAUGGAAGCAAAAUCUGGAUCAGUAAUGGAGGCCUUGCUGAGAUCUUCACUGUGUUUGCGAAAACUCCUGUGAAGGAUGAGAAGACCGGGGAGAUUAAAGACAAAAUUACUGCGUUCGUCGUGGAGAGGAGCUUUGGAGGUGUCACACAUGGUCCUCCCGAGAAAAAAAUGGGCAUUAAAGCGUCAAACACGGCAGAGGUGUAUUUCGAGAAUGUGCGUGUCCCUGCGGACUGCGUGCUGGGAGAGGUUGGAGGUGGAUUCAAAGUGGCCAUGAACAUCCUCAACAACGGACGCUUCGGGAUGGCUGCGGCCCUCUCCGGAACCAUGAAGGGCGUCAUUGCCAAAGCGGUCGACCAUGCAGCUAACCGGACCCAGUUUGGGAACAAGAUUCAUAACUAUGGGGCCAUUCAAGAAAAGAUAGCCAGAAUGGCUAUGCUUCAGUACGUGACCGAGUCCAUGGCAUACAUGGUCAGUGGGAACAUGGACAGCGGAGCCACGGAGUUCCAGAUCGAGGCGGCCAUUAGUAAAAUCUUUGCAUCAGAAGCAGCUUGGAUGGUGACGGAUGAAUGCAUUCAGGUUAUGGGCGGAAUGGGAUUCAUGAAGGAUGCUGGAGUUGAAAGGGUCAUGAGGGACUUGAGAAUCUUCCGGAUUUUCGAGGGUACCAAUGACAUCCUGCGGCUUUUCGUAGCGCUCAACGGCUUCCAGAAUGCAGGCAAUCAGCUCAAGAGCUUGCAGAAAGCGCUGAAAAACCCUUUCGGUAAUGCUGGGGUGUUGGCGGGUGAAAUCACCAAGCGUGCCAGGAGGAAGGCAGGCAUGGGGACAGGGUUGACUCUGCAGGGAACCGUUCACCCAGAACUUAAUCACAGUGGAGAAUUGACUGUUAAAGCUAUCGAGCAGUUUGGAGCCGUUAUUGAAGAGCUUCUUCUAAAACAUGGAAAGAAAAUUAUCGAUGAACAAUUUGUUUUGAAGCGAGUGUCAGACUGUGCCAUUGAUCUGUAUGCCAUGGUUGUGGUCUUGUCCAGAGCAUCCAGAUCUCUCGGCCUCGGUCAUGCUUCUGCGCAGCAUGAAAAGAUGCUUUGUGAAACCUGGUGUACUGAGGCCCACGAGAGAGUCAUGCAGGACAUCAAGUUCCUCAGGUCAGGGACAUCCAAGCAGAUCUUUAAGAACCUACGUGCUGUUUCCACUGCUGUGGUAGAGAACGGAGGGGUGGUAUCUCCUCAUCCUUUGGGCUUUUAAAGAUCUGUCUGCUUCUUCUCUCAUCAUCCUUUACUUAUCAUACUACACUCUCAGAAAAAAGGGACAAGAAGAUACAAAAGUUGUCACUGGGGCUGUUUUGUAGCUAAAAGGUGCAUAUUGGUACCUCAAAGGAACAUAUAAUGUACCGAAAUAAGGACUUUUUUUUAAAGGUACCAUCCCAGUGACAACUUUUGUACCUUUAUUGUGAGAGUGUACAGACCGUUGAAGUGGAAUCUGUCACAUUGUGUUCUUCUAUCACAAAAGUGCUUUAAUGUUUAUUUUAAUAUGUGAAUUAAUAAAUGACGAAUAUACAUA